CAAAAGAAUGCGAUCUACCACAAAAAGCCAUUUGUGUGUAUCGUUGGUUUGUUUGUAUACAAAAGCCACGUGCGUUAAGCACCUGUGUGUAUAACCAUGACCGAUCAAUGGGUAUGGGUACAGCCCAUAGAGUUAAAUACGUGUUUAGGUUUAUAUAACUCUAUGGUACAGCCUGGGUUUAGUGCGCACAGCUACCGGUACAUUUGUUUGUAAACAAAACCACGUGUAGCCGGCCUGGAGCUGCUUAAUUGGCACCCUCCCAUUUUCUUAGAUUUAUUUUGAUCCAGCUCAUGUCAAGCUAUUUUUUUCUUGGUGAAGAUGGUUAACUGCGUUGUUUGUUACAACAAAUGAUAGCAAUGUCUAUGAAGAGAAAACGAAUAUACGACGGUGACGAAGCACGGCAGCUUUUUGAAGCGCUGUAUUUUACAGACCCCGCAACGACUGACACCGGCACCGAGUCAGAGUCCGCGUCCGAGACUGGUCUUAGGCUCUGCCUGAGCUCUGACUCAGAGUCCAACACUAGUUCCGAUGAUGAUGAGCAUAGUCUUGGACAUGGACAAUCAGCAUCAUCUACGAUCACCAACAUCGUCAGUCAGUCAGAAGACGUCACUGAUGAUAACGAGGUAGGACUUGAAGUGUUCAAUUUGAAGAGGCAAGUGAAGGCAGGUCAUUCAAGAUUUCAGCUCCAAACAAGUGAAGCAGAACUUCAAUCAGAAUCAGAUGGAGAAAAAAGAGCUGUUUCAGAAGUAGAUUGGAACAUUGAUGAAGAAUUAGAUGGAGAGGAAAGACCUGUUUCAGAAGUAGACUGGCACAAUGAUAAAGAAUCAGAUGGAGAAAAAAGAGCUGUUUUGGAAGUAGAUUGGAACAAUGAUGAAGAAUCAGAUGGAGAGGAAGGAGCUGUUUCAGAAGUAGUCUGGCACAGUGAUGAAGAAUCAGAUGGAGAAAACAGAGCUGUUUCGGAAAUAGAAUGGAAAAAUGAGGAUGUAACUCGUGGUAGGAAAAAGGCGAAAGAGCACAUUUCAUUGAUUCAGAUUCAUCAGUUUGCAGUGAUGGACAUAUAG